CAAUAAUACUACCACUACGGGGAAAUGACUACCAUUUAAAAAAAUGACUACGGAAAAAUAAUACCGAUCGGUUUGUGACGCUGUGCAGCGGGAUUUGGUUGGGAGGGAAGUUGUAUGCUCUGAGUCUGCAGGGUAUAACCUGUCCCCGGCAGAUGCUUUUCCACUUCGCAGAAUCGCGGCUUCAGAGUCGGUUCCAUGGGCGAGUUAGGGUAAUUCAUGGCGGCGGCGGCAGGGGAGGGCAAUUUACGGAAGCUGCCGCUGCUGUAGAGGGAGAUUGGAAUCGUCUUGAUCACGACUCGUCGAGACCGUAGGGAGAGGCGCCGGCGUAGAUGUGGUGGAAUCCGUCGGGAGAGUCGAAGAGCGGCGGGGGCGAGUCGAGGUAAUCGCCGGCUCCGUUGGUAGACGGCGGGGAAUUCGACAGAGGGCUUGCGGAUACGGCGGGUUUGGUUGUAGAAGUAGGGUUAGGGUAGAAUAUAUAGAAUAAUCAAGUGUGGUACUUUUUUUUCUUUAAAAAUUAUCCUGAGGCAAUCUUAACCGUAAGAUUAAAAAAAGAGGAAAUAGAAGAAAAUAAAUGGUGGAUACUGAUGUAGCCACGGUAGCUACUAGAAAUUCAGUUUUCACCCUAACGCAUUCCCACAAUAACUCGAGUUGAUCCCUCAUUCAGUUCAAUUUCUCUAAUUAUUAAAUUUAUAUUUUGUUAACUCCUCUCCUAAGGCAAAAAAAAGCUCGAUUAGUACCAAAGUUCUCUCCGGCUGAUAAUAGUUGGGUAGUUUUAUGAGUAAUUAUUGGGCUGACCGGAUGGCCCAAUUGCGGGCUGCAAAGAUGGACCAAAUAGAAAGUUUGAGCAUGAGCCGAAUCGACACCCUCACAUUAUUAGUCACAUCUGCUCUAAAAUUUCCCAAUUUCCCAGUACCUUCUUUCUUCGUCUUCUUGGUUCUUCCGUCUCCAUCUCCAGGCCCCAGAACUUAGUUCAAAUCCAACUUUGUUGUCACUCCCCACUUCUCAGUUCUUUAUACUUCUCUUCCCCUAAUGGUUAAACUCCAUUCCUUAAAUGUCAAUCACCGGAACUCAAAAGUAAUUAUGCAUUUACCAUGGUUGGCGCUUGAAAAUAGAAGGAAGGACCCGAUGGCUGUCUCGUCUCGUCUCCUCCUCCCCAGAAGCAUGCAGGCAGGGAUCAGGGGCUUGAUUAAUGAGGUGAGAAUGAAUUUUGAUGUGAUCUGUCUAAAUUUUGUUUGAAAAGCCAAUAACUUUCGGUCUAAUUUCUUCCAUGCACAAAUGGGGUUCUCCUCUUAGUUUUCUGGUUUCUUGAAUACCUUUGAUAAUCCGACGGAUUAAGCAGGCACUUCUCUUGAAGUUCUCUCUUUUGUGUUCUGAAUGGCUUUUUUUAUCAAUUUCUAGGAAACCAAGAGCUAUAUUAACUUCUUUGCACCCAUCAGAUCAGAGCUUAAUGGGGGUUCUGUGUUUUGUAUCCUGGUUUCUUCCCAGCGCCAAAGUCAUAAACCAGAUUUGAGUUUCUGCCUUUAUGAAAAUGGGUUUCUUCUUCUAUAAAUUGAACAAUGGUUUUUGGCAUGAAAAUUUACCCCGCUCCACUUCUCUUCUCCUGCUCUGCUUCACCUCUCUUCGCAGUAGCAUUCUCCCCGGAAACAAAUUGAAAAAGAAUCAUGAAUAAUCAAGGUGCUGCUCACCCGCGUCUCGUAACUCCUCGGUCAAUCAAGCUGUCCCCCCAUUCUUCGUACCACAGGCUACCCGUUCCUCCAUCUUUCUCUUUAUUUUAUUGGCUAUUCAGCCGGGUCCCCGACACCUUAGUUCUGAUGCUUAUUACCAUGGCCUUCUUUUCCAUCCAUCUCACUACUUUCUAUUACACCAAGUUCUUCAAGAAAAAUGGUUCUUAUUGGUGGUUGUUUCUUGCCGCUGCUGUCUCUGGCUUUAUCUUCAUCUUUUUCUAUUGUGCCUAUUGGAUUAGGAAGAAAAAUUGGUGUAGGCGCAAAUAUGGGACAUUUGGCAAACUAGUCGGUCUUGCGGCGGUUGUGGCUUGUAGUGCUUCCUAUAUUUGGUUAGGAGAGUCGGAUCUGAGCUAUUUGAUCUUCAUUCUUACACUUAUUGGCAUGUUCACAGCCUGCAUUUUGGCCAUUCGUCCAUCCACCGACUUCAACUUGGUGAAUGGACUUCUCAUCUCCCUUCUCACGUACAUCAUUAGAGUCCUUCACCAUGGCACAAUUGCAGGUUAUUGUGUCGGUUCGUCACCAUCUGCCUCUGCCGCUGCCCCUUCACCUUCGAUGGCUGUAGCACCAUCAUGCGUUGAUCCCCGCCUCGGCCCAUCUUCUCCAUACCCUUGGCUUCUAAUGGUUGGUUGCUUCAGCAUUGGUGGUUUACGUUUCUAUUUGGAGUCGAGGGGUUUAAACGCAGAUGAAGAAGGAUUGAGGGAAGCCGAGGAAGAUGUUCCACUGCCACCAUGGACACGAAUUGGCAAUGCUUGUGCGGGCUGGGUUGCUCAUCUGAUGGGCUAGGUGGCAUGCCGUUUGGGUUUGGGUAGCUGUAGUAUUAUUUUAAGUCCAUGGACUUUUGUAAUCUUAUUGUAGUGGGUUGGAUCCAUGCUCGUGGGCUGGAUUUGUAUUUGGACUUUGGAGGCUCCGUUCUGUUCUGCUGUGGUUCUGGUUUGUUGUUCUAGUUUAGGGGUAUUGUUUUUUUGACAAAAUUAGGUGUAUUGUUAUUGUUAAUUAAUGUUUAUGUUUGUCUUCAAUGAAAUCAAUAUGUAUUGUGGUUUAGUUAGCCACCAAUACUUGUUUCGGAUUCACUAAUCCUUUUUCUUCUCCGAAACCAACUCUGAAACCAACUCUGAAACCAACUCUCCUCCUAUUCAUAUAUACACACAAACACGCGUUGGUAUGAUGUGAUGAGAACUACUUCUCCUUGCUCUUCCUCUAAGUUCUGAUCGACAUGGCUUCUUCUUCCUCCAUUCGACAAACCGAUAACACGGUUCCGCUUUCCCCUGCAAACAAUAAACAUGGUAAGUUUGAGUUUCAUGUUUGCAUUCCUCGCGUACCCAGCAGAGUUAGUUCUCUUUUUCUGUUGAAUCGAACUUAGUUUUUAUUUUCUUUUUCUUUUUGAAAUAUCUUGGUAAUGUGGUUGAGCUAGCAACUCUUCGUUAUAUCAGCAAUUACCAUACGAAACGAAGCUAGCGAUCAUAAAGUAUUUUCUUGUUAACUUGAGUUCUCGUUGUGUGUUUCAUCGAGGGCAGGCUAGGUUUUCAUUAUACCAGCAAUUACUGUACUAGUAUAAUUGUGAUGUUUGAUGUUUACAACAAUAUUAUACGUGUAUCCUAUUUAUUGACCUAUUGUUAUACCACUAAUAUAUCUUUUGUUCUACGAACCAUGCACUAUUCUUCAAUUCUUAUGGAAUUUCGUCCUCCUCAAUCAGCCAAAUUAAUAUAAUUUUAUUCUUUUU